AAACUUUCAGCGAUCUCUCAUCCACACGAGCACCACCGCGUCAGUGCUGUCACCGUGACCUCAAUCUAUUUAAACACAGGAGGGAUCGCCGUACUACGUUCCCUCCAAAACAAGCGAACUGCAACACCACACUCACAUUUUGCUCUGCUCAGUUGCCACUAGCCAAGUACAGUGGUAGCCUGAUCGAUUUGUAUGUAAGGUUGGCAUGUCGCCCACGGCCAUGUCGCUGACGACGACGAGCCACCUGCCCGUCUGCAAGGCGCAGGACGUCGCCAAGCAAGCGCCGCAGAGGCGGGCCUCUCCCGCCAAGAUCACGCCCCCGUCGCCAGACGCUGCCGGGCUCCUCGGCAGGCGGGGGCUGCUCCAGUCCGCCGGGCUGGGGCUGGGACUCGGGCUCGCCGUGGCAAGGCCGGCACGGGCUGAUCAGCCGCCGGUGCUGGCGCCGGAGGAGCUGACGUCGAGCCGGAUGUCCUACUCCAGGUUCCUGGAGUACCUCGACGCCGGCGCGGUCAAGAAGGUGGACCUGUUCCAGAACGGCACGGUGGCCGUGGCCGAGGUGGACGAGCCGGCGCUGGCGAGGGUGCACCGCGUCAAGGUGCAGCUCCCGGGGCUCCCCGCCGAGCUGGUCCGGAAGAUGCGGGAGAAGGGCGUCGACUUCGCGGCCCAGCCGGUGGAGCCCAACGUCGGGCUGGACGUCCUGGGCCUCCUGCUUAACCUCGGCUUCCCGCUCCUCUUCCUCGCCUCGCUCUUCCUGCGGUCGUCCGGCGGCAUGAACGCGCCCGGCGGCGGGCCGAGCCUGCCCUUCGGGCUCGGCCGGUCCAAGGCCAAGUUCCAGAUGGAGCCCAACACGGGCGUCACGUUCGACGACAUCGCCGGCGUGGACGAGGCGAAGCAGGACUUCCAGGAGAUCGUGCAGUUCCUCAAGUUCCCUGACAAGUUCACGGCGGUGGGGGCAAGGAUCCCCAAGGGGGUGCUCCUGGUCGGCCCGCCGGGAACGGGGAAGACGCUGCUGGCCAAGGCGAUCGCGGGCGAGGCCGCCGUGCCCUUCUUCUCGCUGUCCGGGUCGGAGUUCAUCGAGAUGUUCGUGGGCGUGGGCGCGUCGCGGGUGCGGGACCUCUUCAACAAGGCCAAGGACAACGCGCCGUGCCUGGUGUUCAUCGACGAGAUCGACGCCGUCGGCCGGCAGCGCGGCACGGGCAUCGGCGGGGGCAACGACGAGCGCGAGCAGACGCUGAACCAGCUGCUCACCGAGAUGGACGGCUUCCGCGGCGACAGCGGCGUCAUCGUCAUCGCCGCCACGAACCGGCCGGAGAUCCUCGACGCCGCGCUGCUCCGCCCGGGACGCUUCGACCGGCAGGUGUCCGUGGGGCUGCCCGACGUGCGCGGCCGCGAGGAGAUCCUCAGGGUGCACAGCGCCAACAAGAAGCUGGACCCCGGCGUGUCCCUCAGCGUGGUGGCCAUGCGCACGCCCGGGUUCAGCGGCGCCGACCUCGCCAACCUCAUGAACGAGGCCGCCAUCCUCGCCGGCCGCCGCGGCAAGGACCGCGUCUCCGUCAAGGAGAUCGACGACUCCAUCGACCGCAUCGUCGCCGGCCUCGAGGGCGCCAGCAUGACCGACGGCAAGAGCAAGAUGCUCGUGGCCUACCACGAGAUCGGCCACGCCGUCUGCGCGACGCUGACGCCGGGGCACGACGAGGUGCAGAAGGUGACGCUGAUCCCGCGGGGGCAGGCGCGGGGCCUGACGUGGUUCCUCCCCGGCGAGGACCCGACGCUGGUGUCCAAGCGGCAGAUCUUCGCGAGGAUCGUGGGCGGGCUCGGCGGCCGUGCCGCGGAGGAGGUGAUCUUCGGCGAGCCGGAGGUGACGACGGGCGCGGCGGGGGACCUGCAGCAGGUGACGCAGGUGGCGCGGCAGAUGGUGACCACGUUCGGCAUGUCGGAGAUCGGGCCGUGGGCGCUGACGGACCAGGCGGCGCAGAGCGGGGACGUGGUGCUGCGGAUGCUGGCCAGGAACGCCAUGUCGGAGAAGCUCGCGGCCGACAUCGACAGGACGGUGAAGGCCAUCAUCGACGAGGCGUACGAGGUCGCCAAGGCGCACGUCAGGAGGACGCGGCCCGCCAUCGACCAGCUGGUCGACGUGCUCAUGGAGAAGGAGACGCUCACCGGCGAUGAGUUCAGGGCGGUCCUGUCAGAGUACGUCGACAUCGGCAGAGAGCAGAGGGACACCGCCGCGAGGACGGACAUGGUCACUGCUUGAAACUUCACAACAGUAGAAUUGUGUAGUGCAGACUGUGGUAGGAUACUAGCAUAUAUAGCGUGAUGUAAAUAUGAAUGUAUAUAUGGUGCCUCACAUCACAUGCCUGAUAGUACUACUAGUAGUAAUUUUUGCCAUACAAGCA